GUGUCCUGCUUUCUGGUAGCACCUCCCGUAUUACGGCAAAGAUAGACCUGCUUCCACAUGGCCACCUAUUAGAAUAGCGCGUAUUGGAGGGGGUGGACUUACUAAACCUCUAUUUAUCCAAAGACGAACCCCUACAUUUGCACUUUAAAAGGAGUAAUAUGGGCAAAAGUAAGACUACGAAAUUUAAACGUCCCCAUUUCAACGCUGUGGGACUGCCGGUGGACGCCAUGAACGAAGCGGCAGUCGACGAGGAGGAACACGGGAACGACGACGACGACGACUGUCCGGCUGCAGAACUUUUGGAGAAAUUGGAGAGUCCCAGUGCGUCUGUCCGAGAGCUUGCGUGUGCCAGCAUCUCCAGGAUGGUGCAGCAGAGCCAGACCAUCCCGGGCCUCCUCCAGAGGGACGCUGUGAGGCGCCUGGGCCCCAUGUUGCUGGACCGCAGCCUAGCCGUGAGGGAGACGGCUGCCGGAGCUCUCAGGAACCUGAGCGCGUGCGGAGGUCAGGAGGUGUGCGAGGACAUGGUGAAGCGCGACGUCAUGACUCCUCUGACAGCUCUGCUUCGAGAGUGCUGCACCGGUUUUGAUGGUGCCGCAGGGCAGAUGAAGGACCAGAAGAACCCUGUGGAUGAAGUCGCCAACGAGGCCAUCAACCUGCUGUGGAAUCUCUGCGAGAGCAGCAACCAGGCCGUGUCCUUGUUCAACAAGUCCGGUCUCCUCGACGUGGUGGUCCAGUGUCUGGAGAGACACCCGCACAAUGUGGAGCUGGCCACGUCUGCUGCCCACUGUUUGCACACUGUGACAGAGGACAACCCCGAGCUGCUAUGCAGCAUCAACUGUGCCGUGCACGGAGCCCUGGAGAGCGUGCUCCUGUCAAAACAGCCCAGCAUGGCGCACGCCCUCCUCAGGACACUCGCUUCAGGAACGUUGUGGAACGUGAAGGGAAGCCUUCCUGCCGCCCGUCAGGCUCAGACCCUCGGCGCCGUGCUAGCCACCCUGUCCCAGUGCUUGGACUUGGAGGCGGGGGAGCUCAUCCCUCAACUCCGACAAGCGGAAGAGGCACGCUUCCUCGCCUCGUCAGGUGUGGAAGAGCAACUUGGAGGGGAGCUCGCUGUCGCGGAGGAGAUGGACGACGACGACGAUGACGACGGUGAGGCAGGAGCACGACGUCAGAAGAACGGGAAAGACGGGGACGACUUCUCCGAUCUCUUGCCUAGGGAGAAGGAGGAGCUGAGGGAGGCGGCGGCCUUGCUGACGGCCCAGCAGACGUCCCUGGAGAUCAUCGUCAACAUGUGCUGCUCCGACGAUCCCUCGGACGACGAGUGGGAGGAGUCGUCCAGCAGCGACGAGAGCGAAAUAACUGCAGACGGAUUCUCCAAUCUCAUGUCUCCGCUGUGUUUGUCAGCUGAGGUGCACGGGGCCAUCAUCAACCACAACAUCCCCCAAAAGGUGCUGAAAAAGACGCAGUUCCCAGGACAGGAAGCCAUGGACCUGUGUCGACAGACCCCCUACUGGGGAAGCCUCAUCAAGAAGAUGCAGCGGGUUCAGUCGCGGGCUCUGACAUGCCUCCACAGUAUGCUCUCCAGCAUGGACGCCGACUCUCUGGGCGGGGCAGGGGCCCUGCAGGAAGCUGCCCUGCACCUGUCCUCGCUGGUCUUCGGAGCAGCAGAGAUCCCAAGAGAUGAGGAGUUUCUGGAGGCCGUUAUCAGCGCAAUGCGGUCCCUUUUGCAGAUGACCGCCUCCAAAAACAUCCCACAGGUCAUAAGCCUGCAGCAGCUGAUGAGCCUCAGCGAAGUGGCCGCCCGCUCCCAGGUCAUCAGUGUGAGGGUCAACGCUGUCGCCAUCCUGGGCAUCACCGGCGGCACGCUGGCCAAAGAGAAAGGCUCGGCUGAAACCCUUCAGAUGAUCGGCAACGCUUUGCUCCAAGUCGCCACCAAAGACGCCGACCUGGUGGUUAACGGCGAGGCCCUGGACGCACUUUUUGACGUGUUCGCGGACGGAGACGAGGCGGAGACGGCGGCGAAGAACAUCCAGCUGCUUCCUGCUUUGAGGACGCUUCAGCCUGUUUUUAAAGCCAAGCUCCGUAAAGCCGGAAGGGACGCCUACAGCCCCCAGCAGCUGUGCGUGCUGAACAACGUCAAAGUCAACCUGAGAAGAUUCGUGGGCUACCUGGAGACCGUGGUGAAGAAAUGAAACCCACCCAGGACACCUAAGGACAUUAUUUAUUAUUAUGUUGUUAGCAAACAUAAGGUUUUAUUUUUUUUUUUUUUUAAACUGUGCUUUCUAUUUUACUUGCUGACAUUUGCUGUGAAGAGAGUGAAUAGCAUCCUUUUUUUAGCGUCACGUUUUGAACGAGAGCAAGUGUCAUCUGAUAUCUUUAUUAAAGAUGCAGAAAGUGCCUUAAAGCUGCAUUCUUUUUAUUGGCCAACAGAGGGCGACACACUUGCGUUAUCUUCCCCUGGACUGUCUUUUAGUUCAUGUACAACUCAGAAAUACACAAAAAUUGUGUAUUUUGACUGCAGAAUAGGCAAACGUGGAUCUUUGCAUGUUGCAUUAAUUUGUAUUAUGAAAAAGUUUUUUUUUUUUUUUUUUUUUAAAUAUCCCUGAAGUUGAAUAACUUUGUUUGGCAAAGUGCUUAAGGAAUUGGUUAUAAAUGGCAUUGACUGACUGAACUUUGUGUUCAAUUGCAAAUUUUUCAACAGACAUUACUAAUCAAUCCAUGUAUUUUAUGCUUAAUUGUCCAAUCUCCAGGGGAACACUUUUCCUUUUUUUUUUUUAUUUAUAAUAAAAUAUCCUAAAUUGUG